AUGAGAAACAAGGUGUGGAGUUUCUUGGAGAAGCUACCAAUCUACAGUUUACCUUUGUAUCUUGGUGCUACAUUCGUACUGUUGAGGCUGUACAAUUCUAAGUCAUCGUCCACCAAGAAACUACCACCAUCACCACCAAAGUUGCUGGUUAUAGGAAACCUCCACCAGCUCGGUGCACUCGUCCACCAAUCCUUUUUAUCUCUUGCCCGAAGCUAUGGUGAUUCGCUCAUGCUCCUCUACCUCGGCUCAGUCCCAAGCCUGGUGGUGUCGUCAUCAGAAGCUGCUCGUGAGAUCAUGAAAACACAUGAUAUCGCAUUUGCUAGUAGGCCAAGCACAAGGAUGUUCAGAACCAUCUCCUACAACCUCAAGGAACUAACAUUAGCUCCAUAUGGUGAAUACUGGAGGCAAGCAAAGAGCAUUUUGACUUUGCAGCUUCUAAGUAAUAAAAAGGUUCAAACUUUUGAUGGGUUGAGGGAGAAGGUAAUUGCGGAUUGUGUGCAUAAAAUCACCCAGUGUUUCUUAUCUAACAAACCUGUAGACUUGAGCGACUUGUUUUGCUCGCUUUCAAACGAUGUGACGUGUUUGGCUACGUUUGGGAGGACGUACAAUGAAGGGGAGAUUGGGAGGAAAUUCAAGAAGAUAAUGCAAGAGUUCUUGGAGGUGUUGGGGAGCUUUUAUUUGGAGGACUCUUUUCCUCUGCUUGCGGUGGUUGAUCGUGUUAGAGGUCUUACUGCUAAAGUCGAUAGGGUCGCAUUAGAAUUUGAUGAGUUCCUACAAGGUGUAGUCGAUGAGACAAUGAAGAAAGUGAUCAGUAAUCCCACCGGAGUUGGUGAAAAUGGCGUGGAAAGCUUCAUUGAAGCUUUGCUUAAGAUUCAGAAAGAUGAUAACAUUGGCAUCACCAUCGAUGGGGAUGUGGUCAAAGCUCUCCUCUUGGAUGCGUAUGUUGGUGGGACAGAUACAUCUUCAUUGGUACUGGAAUGGGUGAUGACUGAGCUGCUGUUAAAUCCGAAUAACAUGAAGAAAGUCCAGGAUGAGGUAAGGAGUGUCCUUAAUGGAAAGAAAGAGAUAAGCGAUGAAGAUCUGGGAAAGAUGAGGUAUCUUAAAGCCGUGAUAAUGGAAACCACACGCCUCCAUCCUCCACUUGCCCUUCUACCACCUAGAGUCGCAUGA